AUCAGCGCUGAGGUGUGCGCUCGAGGCUGCGCGAGACGGAGGCCCUUCACUGCUUCCUGAGCGGAAUUAAAGCCACCAUGACUGAAGUCCAGCAGAGGAUUUCAUUUCACACGCAGGAGGAUUUAUAACAGAGCAAAACUAGUUUACAGGAGCUGCAGGACUUCGAGUGAAGAAAGAAAUCAAUCUCUCAUCUGGUCAUUUAUCACCUGGGAACAGGUCUAUUCCUUCUGAUCCGUUCCAAUCUGAAGCUCUGCCGGUUCCUGACACCAUGCCGAGACUCGGACUGUGAGCGGAUUGGACGCUUUCUGACCAACGGGAACUCGCAGAAACGUUCAGACGCAGUUUAGGUCUCCCAGCAGCUUCAUGAUCUACCCUUGACUGGAAUGCAGUGAAGGGGGUUACGACCCCGCCCUUUUCUCACACUGUGGUUUAACCCAUGAGGUCAUGUCACAGUAAUGGCGUCUGCGGUAGCCAAUAGGAGUCGAGGAAACCAGUCGCUGCUCCUGAAGGGCGUCGACCCCGAAACAUGCAUGAUCGUGUUCAAGAACCACUGGGCUCAGGUGGUUAAGAUCCUGGAGAAACACGACCCUUUGCGCAGCGGUGGAGGUUUCAGCCUCGGGGUCGGAGUUCACGCUUUUAGAAGUCAUGGUGCGCGUCACGGGACAAUCCCACUGGACGAGGCGAGCGCGGUGCAGAACUACGUAGAGCACAUGCUCUACCUCCUGAUGGAGGAGGAGAGCGGAGUGGGCGGAGCCAUGGGCCCCAUCCUGGAGUUCGUCAUCAUGGAGAACGUGAUGGAGCGCUUGUUCGUGUGGAGCCUGAGGCGAGAUUUCACCGAGCAAUCAAAGCUCGAGCAGCUCAAGAUGUACGAGAUGCUGAUCGGGCAGGCCAAGCAGCCGCUGUUGCAUCACAAGCCGAUUCUGAAGCCGCUGAUGAUGCUGCUGUCGUCCUGCUCGGGGACAGCGACGGGUCAAACGGCAGCAGGUGUUCCGACUUCCUCCAAGGUGGAGCAUGAGCUCGUUCUUCUCCUCCAUCAGCUGUGCUGCGUGGUGUCCAGUGAUCCCUCCAUCCUCGAGCUGUUCUUCCACUCCAGUGAGGAUCAGGGAGCCGCUAACUUCCUGCUUUUUUCCCUCCUUGUUCCGUUCAUCCACAGAGACGGAGCGAUGGGGCAGCAGGCUCGAGACGCCCUGCUUCUAAUCAUGACCCUGAGCAACGACAACCAACGUGUGGCCAAACACAUCGCACACAACACCUUCUUCUGUCCGGUGUUAGCCACAGGUCUGAGUGGGCUGUACUCCUCUCUGCCUGCUAAGCUGGAGGUGUCCAGUGAAGACUGGCACUGCAUACAGAAGGACGAGUGGCAGCAGGAGCCUGCACUCGUUCACUUCCUAAACUCACUCGAGUUCUGUAAUGCCGUCAUGCAGGUGGCUCAUCCGUCCAUCAGAGACCAGCUGGUUGGCUACAUCAUCAACGGCUUUCUGAUUCCUGUUUUAGGACCCGCGCUGCAUAAACUGACUCUAGAGGAAGUGAUGACCACCACGGCGUACCUAGAUCUCUUCCUAAGGACCGUCACCGAACCUGCGCUGCUACACACCUUCCUUCGCUUCAUCCUCCUCCAUCGCCACGACAACGUGCACAUCCUGGACACACUCGUCAGCCGUAUCAACACGCCCUUCCAGUUGGGCACCGUGUCUCUCGCCCUCUUCCGCACUCUGAUCGGUCUGUACUGCGAGGACGUCAUGCUUCAGCUCAUACUCAAGUAUCUGAUCCCGUGUAAUCACAUGAUGCUGAGUCAGCGACGUGUCCUGAACGAGAGAGACUGCUAUUCUGUUUCUGCGGCUAAAUUUCUCGCCCUCACGCCGUCCUGCUGCUCUCCAGACGUCGUCGCUCCACCAAUCCGACAACUCGACUCCAUCACAUGGUCCAAGGUCACUGAUGGAGCCCAGUCAGGAACUAUGGAAACAGAGGCCUGCUCCUCGGAGCAGGAUGAUUCCGGUCACUCGUGUGUGAUCGGCUCAGAGAUUCACCUGGACGUCAGUUACCUGCAUUACCUGUACGAUGCACGUAACGGCAUCAGCAACUGCAUUCGCGCGUGCAGCGUCUGGUCCGCCCCCUACGACGGCGUGACCCCGCCUCCAGGGGACAAAUCUCGCCCUCGUGUGACCUCACAGGCUGUUACCGACGUCACUUCCUCCUCUGGUGUCGAACUCGAGUGGGACGACAGUUACGACGCCGGUUCUGCACGAGCACAGCGGGAAGAAGAAGAAGAAAACGGCGCCGCCGCUGCCGUCCCGAACGAUCCGCCGCGACACAUCCAGGAACUCCGAAAGACGGCCACUCUGCUCGUCAACGGCUCCUACGUGGAAGAGUCGGAAUUCCAGGACGACGUCUUGGUGUACGAUCUGGUGGCGCAGAAGGACGCCAACGAGUCGGCCGCUCGGACGCGGAUCCUUUCCGAUCCCGUCGCUGAGGACGCAGGCGUAGAAAAGCCAGACGAUUCCGAUGAAAAAUCAGAAAUCCGGAACGGUCCCGUUCAACCAGACGUGGAGAAACAAAACGGCGUCCAUAUUGAGGCGGAUCCGAGCGCGCACGACCUCCGAGCAGAAAAAGACGACGACUUGGCGACGCAGUACGAGGAGCUGAUCCGCACGCUGGUCGUCGAGGUGAAAAGUCCGACGAGGACGCGACAAGAGUUGAGGAAUUCCAUCAUGGAGGAAGAAGACAACGUGGAUUUCAGCUCGUUCUCAGCCGAGACGCCAGAAGCGGAGAAAUCCCCCUCGCCGUUUAGGACUAAACCUCACACUGGGGGCGUGAAUCAAGCCAUGCCUUUUACAGGCCCGUUUGUGAGCGUGCUGCUGUCUCGACUCGAGAACAUGCUGGAAAACUCUCUGCAUGUGAAUCUUCUGUUAACGGGAAUCAUCGCUCAGCUCGCCGCUUAUCCACAGCCGCUGCUGCGCUCCUUCCUGUUAAACACCAACAUGGUGUUCCAGCCCAGUGUUCGCUCGCUGUACCAGGUCUUGGCCUCGGUGAAGAAUCAGAUCGAGCAGCUGGCAGCCAGGCAGAAGGAUUUUCCUGAACUUCUCCUGGCAGCACAGCAGUGUCUUCUGGCCAGAGAGAAUUCGCUCGCAGUGCAAGAUUCGCAGAGCGCCGGAAAGAACACGAAGAACCGAUCCAUCCAGCCCAAGAUCGUGGUUCCUCCGAACAGGACGGAGGUUUACGCCACCGUCGUCUUCAGCGAGUUCCUUAAAGAACUGGCUGCCAUCACACAGGAGCAUUCCAUCCUCUCGUAUAUCCCCGUGGAGGAGUAGAGCAGAAUUCACCAAACACUCAGCAAUAUCAAGCAGAUAUCUCUUAACGUCUCACUUCCCAGAGAUGGAGUAGAGCUCCUCGUGCCUCCGGUUUUAUUUCUUUUCCAGCCGAAAGACGAGUACGGAUACUUCUUACGUUCUCCCUCGUCUCCCGUCGGAGGAAUUAAGCUGGGUGUAUUGGGCCGUCUCGACAUUUCUCAAAAACGUCUUUUUUUAAAACGCUUCCACAAACACUUUCCAUUUCUAGAUUUAUAAGAGAGUUUUUUUUUUUUUCAAAUAUCCAGCUCUGUGUGCUAGUGACUUUCCUGAUAUUCUUGAUAUAAAACACAAAAAAAAAAAAAAAAAGGUCUCUAAAAUCAUCGACUCGACCUUGGUUUUAUUCUUUGAUUUGGACAUUUUUUUUUUCUCACCAUUUCUCCGUUUUUUUUUUGUUUGUUUGUUUCGUUUUUUCCCCCGCCCCAACACGUUUAGCUUUUCUCGACUACUAGAUUAGAAAGGUCUCCGUCUUAUUUCACCUCUCAAAGACCGAUCGAAGAGUAGAUCCGCGUUUACGUAUCAAUUUCGAAUAUCCGCCUCUCGAGACUUGCCAGAUGAAGACGGUACUUCAGCCUCGGAUCGAUUUCCCUUUAGAAACGGCAUGUUUUCUCCAUCAACCCUCCAUCUUGCCAUGUUGAACUCCACUAGAUGCAGAACUCUAACUCUUAAAUCCGUCUCUGGGGAACUCUCAAGCUCUCGGGAGGAAAUUGAUGCCUAUUAAAUCAUCUCUGGUCUUCCAGUGAAGGAGUAGAGCUCCAUUUUUUUUCUUUUUUUUUUUUAACUUCUUAACCUUAUGAUUUCAUAACACUUUAAAAAAAAAAAAACAACCCAAAACGACUAGCUCUAGUAGAUGGAUAUACCUCUUACGUAAAUCAUGGAUUUAUGUCCUCCACCGUCUUCAAAAGAGCAUUUUGGAUAUAUUCUGUGGUGUUUUGUGUAGUAGCGUUUCCUCUACAAGAUCGCCAGGAUGUCAAAAUGACUGCGACGACGACGAGGGGACGCACGUCGACGGCUGCGAUCGCACCGUUUAUAAUCCACGUCCGCAGAAUGUUCUUCAGCCAAUCGGAAGAUCAGGUUCGAGUCUGUAAAGUCCGUGCCUUGUGCGCGACUUUUUACGUCGGGUUUAUUAAUGAAGGGGGGAUGUGUAAUAACAGCAGCAAUAUGAAUGUCGGGUUUUAUUUCAGGAAAGAAUCAAACAGAAACAGUGUAACGCAUUCAUUGUAACUGUUGGCGUUUAUCUUUGGGUAUUUAAAAGUCUUUGUAGAUAUAUUACUGCCAUAGAUUCUUUAUCGUCACGCAGACCUGCUCAUGUAACAGUAAUUUAAUAAUGGUAUGAUGAUGAUCUAUUUUUCUUUGUGUUCUAUUUUUUUGAAAUGUGGAUUUUCUUGGGGGGCGGGGUUGAAGUAUCUUUUCAAUUCUUUCUCUUGAAAUAUAAAAUUUAGAAAAUAAGUCGCUAUUGCAAAAAAACAAACAAACAAAAAAAAAAACCCUGUUUUUCUUUCUUACUUGCACUCGAAAAAAAAACACUGGGUUAAAAACAACCCUGAUCGGGUUAUUUUUAGCUUAGCGGCUGGGUAAAUAUCGGACAGAACACGUUUUGGGAUAAACCAAGCCGUCACGUCGGGUCGUUCGUUUUAACCCGACAGAUGCUUUGUUUUUCAACCCAGAGGAUAGUUUAAUUUUGACAAAAAUUCUGGGUUCGUUUCAGUUCAGAAAUGGAUUCUCAUAUUUUCAGGUUUUUAAAUUAUCAUCAUUAUUAUUUUUUUUCAGGGUUAUUUAUUCAGUCCAUAUUUCACAGCCAACAUAAACACACCAGUAGUGUAACCUCGUUAAUGUGCUUGGACAAUCAUUUAACACGCGUCGUGUUUACAUUUUUACUCUCGUGUGAAUAAAUCAUUAUUAUUAUUAUUUUUAAAAACAUUUAUCGGUUAAUUUAACACGAGACGUGUUGGAAUAGUAAUAACGUGUGUAGGAUAUUAACACGUCCUUUCCGAGCGGGUUUCUCCGAAUAAGUCUAACGGUCCGUCCGUGUGAAAACCCACUGUUUUGACCCGAGGAGCGGGGUUGAGGCGUCGGGGUGGGGGAGGGGUGCAUUGAUUCAACUGUCAGUGAACAUGACCCAGCUACUAACCCAGCGGUUGGGUGACACAAAACUACCCGAGACGGAGAUAUAACCCAAUUAAAUGACCAAAAAUGCUCAACCCUGCGUUUGGGUAGAAAAACACAAAUCCCAGCAGUUUUUUUUUUUAGAGUGUAGUGAAGCCUAGUGUAGUGGUUUUUUUUUGUUUGUUUUUUUUCUGCUGUGUUUCAGUUCAUGAGAGUACAUACCACAGUUCUAUUAUCAGUAGCAUGUUGUUGCCAUAUGGCAUCAAUAACCUUUUACCAUUUAACAGGAUACUCAAAAUACAUCAACGUUUUUUAAGUGACAAAAAAUAAACGAUAACGUCUCGGAUAGUGUUUCAGAUUUUUCCUUUAAGUAGUUUUGCCUAAAUAUUGAAAUAUUAAUAAAAAUUUUGGAGGUAAAUUACCAUGCAGUAAUAAAGGGUUGACUUGGUAGGUAAAAUAGUGCGAUAUUAUAUAUAUAUAUAUAUAUAUAUAUAUAUAUAAAGACGUCAAAACAGAAAAAGAAAUACUUCUAAAGUAAAAUACAAAUAAGUCUUGAAGAUAUUCCGAUGUAUUUUAUAUCCGUUAAUCAGGACGUGUUUGGUGUCGUGGUGCAGAAACUGGUGCUAAUUAAUAACGGUAUAUUAUUUUGUCCGUGAUAGAAAGAUAAUAGAAGUGUGGAAAUGUGAUGUUCAGUAGUCAGAGAGAUAAACAUGCUAAUUUUCAUGACGAGGUCCUAGAUAACCCCCCCCCCCCCCCCCUUUUUAAGUGCUCUUUACUUUUAUUUAAUAUUCUUUAGACUGCACUUGGAUUGUAUAGUGCGCUACACAAACCGUAGGAAGACUUGAGAUCAUGUAAUGACCCAAAAUGCUAAUCAUGAAUGGAAACAUGGGGUUAGGUUCGAGAUGUACACACGCGGUCAUGCUAACAACACACGCCACCUCAUUACUCGCAAGUAUUUAGGGAACAGUGCUACUUGUGUCGCUAGGCGAGAUCACUAACGCUAGCUGCCCGCUAUUACACGACUUUUAUUAUCGGCGUCUGUUGUGAGCUAAGCACAAAUGGACGUGUGGUCAGUUAGGAUUACACAAAUGUAGUCGUAGUUAUUUUAUUUUAUUAAAUGCUAAUCAUGCUGGUUAUCGGGGGGAAAUGUGAACAGUUCCAGCAUUCGUAUAUCAGUACGCUCAUUGCUGCACAAUGAUUAGCGUUUGGUUGGGAGAGUGCUCUUCUGUUGUAUGCUAGCAAUCAAGAAGUACUCCAGUCAUCAGUGUAAUGUAGUCAGAAUGAAACGCAUGCUGACUAGGCAAAAUGCUAGUCACGCUAGCACUCGGAGAACGGAAUUGGUUAGCAUUACACAUGUGCAAUCUCAAGUACAUGGCACUUAUGCGUAGUGUUUUGUUUUGUGAUUUAUACUACAUGCUAGCAAAUGAAUGAAUCAAGUCUAAUAGGAGUUAGCUAGUUAGCAUUAUACUAAGUGCUUAGCAUGAGCUCAUUUAGCUAUGAUUGCACAUUUCUGGAUGACGUGUGCCUUUAACACUGACUACUUCUAUUUCUAAUUUUCUUUCAUUUACAGUAUCACGGAGGUCUUUUUCCAGAGGUUUUAUUUCGAAAAUAUUUAUAUGGCGUUUUUAAAAAUAUCAGGUAUAUUUUUAAAAGACGGUUCUUUGGAUUACGGGAAGCUCUGCAGAAAUAAAUUAUUUUCUCUAAAUGA